ACGUGGUCGGGAAUAGUUGUGUCCAUUUCAAAGAAUUAUCGUUAUUUCAGUUUUUUUGAGUGAACUUGUAUUCUUGUGUUGUGAAAAACUCAUGUGUUUUUAACGUACUUUGGGAUUUUGAUGCUGUUGAUUGAAAGAUAAUGGCGUAACCAGACCAAUAAAAAUGGCAGAAAACCAAACGAGAGAUAUAUCGGAAUAUGAAACGUCAAAAGACGUUACAGAAACAAAAAUAAACAUGAGACCAAUCAACAUGACGUUCAGUAAAAAGCCUAAUUAUAUUAUUUAUAACAAUUUCUACAAAGAAGACUUAUCAAGGCGAAUCCUAAAGAGAGAAUAUAGCCUGUACAAAUACUGUUUUAUAAGCGUAUUUAUCAGUUUUUUAUUAGGAUUUGUUAUAGGAGUAGUAAUAAUGGGCUCACAGGCAAAUAUCUCUCCAAAUACAAGUCAUAGAAAAAUUAAUUCCAGUAUACGAACAUUUAAUUCGUUAAAAGUUAAAGAAACGAAAGAUCUAGAAGUAAUAGAGAGGGAAAAAGACUUUUCUGCUGUUUCAUUUACGGGUGAUAAUCACAAAUACAAAGACGUAUACCCAAAAAGUCUCACAGAGGACAUGAAAGAGAUCUUAAAAGAUAACAAAAUUAAUCAUCACAAACAUAAAAUUGUGAAUAUUAAUAGGACUGUGUACAUUCCAAGUGACGAAACUGUGUUAUACGAUAGUAUAUUUUGGGGACCAGAAGUAGAGAAUUCAAUGCCACAAGGCUAUGGUCAGAACACAGCAGAAAUAUGGGAACAAUACGUAGACCAAAGCGAGGUUAUAAAAAUGGAAUCUGGCUGCGGCAGAAUGCAGAAUCGUCUGGUCACUUUCAAAGAUGGUAUCCAAGCUUGUGUGCGGUACAGACAAAACACAGAUCAAAUACAGGGAGAGAUAUUUAGCUUCUAUGUUGCUAGGUUGCUCAAUUUGACCAAUCUAGCACCUUCUGUUGUUAAAGUCGUUGACUUGAAAGAUAAUCUCUGGGCGAAUGUGGCUAAUGACAUAGCUACAGCGCAAUGGAAUACAAACAGGGCUGUAGUUUUAACACAGUACAUACCAAGCUUAGAAUCUGCUACAAUACCUGAUAUCUUCAAACCUUCAAAUCGACAUUUAAACAAAAUGGAUGUACUGGACAUGGCGUUGAAAGAAAAAGAAACAGAUACAAACAAACAAAUCCUAAUUAACAAACUCAAAGCAAAAAACAUUAAAGUUAAAAAAGAUGCUAAUGACACAUUCGAGCAUAUAGACAUGAAAUUGACUAAGAAGACAAUAGACCAAUUUGUGGAAUUGGCACAAUGGUCGGAUCUGAUUAUUUUCGACUAUCUAACAGCUAAUUUAGAUAGGAUAGUAAAUAAUCUGUUUAACUUCCAAUGGAAUGUGAACAUAAUGGAUGGUCCUGCGCAUAAUUUAGCUAGAAAGAUGGACAGUGGAUUACUCCUGUUUCUCGACAAUGAAUCAGGGUUGUUACACGGGUAUAGAUUACUGAAGAAAUAUAACGUUUAUCAUAGUUUAAUGUUGGACAAUCUAUGUGUGUUUAGAAAGAGGACAGUAGAGGCUUUAAGGGCACUGCACGAAACCUCGAUAGGUAGUAAACUAAGUGACAUGUUUCAUGCCAAAAAUAACGCAGUUAUUCGUGAUGUAUUACCCCCUUUGCCAGAAAAGAAUGCAAAGAUACUGCACGAUAGGAUAGCGAAGGUGUUAAGUCAAAUCGAAAAGUGCGAACAGUCGUUUGGUAGAUAGUGUAAAAAGUGUAGUUGAAAUAGAUUGUGAAUAUUGUAUUAUUUUUUAAUCUUGUUGUCUGUGAUAACAAACUUUUAGUUGUGUUUAUUUUUAUAUGUAGAUUGUGUUUAAUAGUUGGAAUAUUUUGUAAUUAAAUGUAAAUUAUUAGAGAGAAAAUUUAAUGGAUCUCGUAUGGACUUCAACUUCAGGAAAUAUUAAUAAUGAAUAUUUUUAAAGAUACCUUAUCAAGUGAAAAAUCUAAAUGAUUUUUUUUUUUGUAAAAUAUAACUUUUCUCUCUCAUAAUGUUUUCUUAAAUUGUAACCAUCUAAAAAUUAUAGAGUGAAGAAAAUAAUUCUUAUUGUAUAAAAUUCUCAAACCAAUUU